AUAACUGAAAAUACACCUUACCUGUGUUUUCAGUUUAGAUGGAGAAGUUUUGAAUGUGGCGGCACGACUGGUUAUAGAGCGUCUGCCUCAGCUCUGAGGAGCGGGAUGCAAUCCCCGACCCCGCCUGUGUGGAGUUUCCAUGUUGUCCCCGUGCCUGCGUGGGUUUUCUCCGGGCACUCCGGUUUCCUCCCACAUCCCAAAAAUAUGCGUGGUAGGUUAAUUGACAACUCUAAAUUGCCCGUAGGUGUGCAUGUGAUUGCGAAUGGUUGUUUGUUUGUAUGUGCCCUGUGAUUGGCUGGCAACCAGUUCAGGGUAUACCCCGCCUCCUGCCCAAUGAUAGCUGGGAUAGGCUCCAGCACGCACGACCCUAGUGAGGAGAAGCGGCUCAUAAAAUGGAUGGAUGGAUGUUUUGAAUGUCAAAACUGGUGGUUUUCAAGCUGAGACAAGACAAUGCAUUCAUUACAAAUCAUUCUUGGAGCUGACACCAAACAAUUGUCUUGAAGGCCAUGAAAGGAGAAUGUUUUGCUUUUCCCAAUAUGUUGCAUCAUUGUUAAUGCUCUCUGAGUCACAUAAUUCACAGAGGUUGCGGGGGAGUAACAAGCCUGUUCUUACAAAGUAGUAGAAAGUACAGAUAUCCGCGUUCAAAUUUAGGAAGCAAAAUUAAGAAGUCGUCAGAAAAAGAAGUAGUAGCCUUAAUGGUCGUCGCUGCGCCCCCCUGGCGAAAUGUGGUAGAAGAGCGUCAGAGGGCGAGUCAUCCUGCAGGAAUCAGGAAGCGACGUCCCCAACUAAUUCCUCGCUAAAUGAACGUGAACAGUGAACGGCUCGACAUGUCCGCUUCUGAUGCACAAACAGAGUUGAGGCUGGUGGUGCUGGGCCGCACCGGGACAGGAGGGCGGUCAACGGUCUGCAGCAUCUUGGGCCUCCCUGACAACCAUCAGGGGGAAGAAAACCAACAGUGUAGUAAACGCAGAGGGGAAACUGCAGGCAGACUGGUGCUGGUUGUCUCCAGUCCAGACUGGUUCAGUUCAGACUGCGAUGCAGACGCAAGAAGAAGACACAUCUCCUCCUUGAUCACUUUAUCCAGCCCGGGGCCGCAUGCUUUUUUGUUGUGUGUCCCUGUGAACCAGCCAGCCGAUGGAGAGACCAAAGCACUUGAUGUCCUAGAGAAGCUGUUAGGUCCCUCUGCCGUCACCAGAAACACCAUCAUCCUCUUCACCAACAUGGAUGAGCUGGAUGAGGACGAGAGGCUGGAGGAUUACCUCCUCACGUGGCGCAAGGACCUCCGUAUGCUGCUGGAAAGAUGCGGCGGUCGAUAUUACGCCUUGGAGACCCACAGCGGAGAACAGGAGGAGAGCAAAGCUGUUGAGGAAAUGCUGGAGAAAGUUGAACAGGCAGUGAAAGAGAGCGAGGCUCAGCACUUCAGCUGCCCUCUGUACCAGGAGGUUAGUCAACAAGUGAGGAAGAGACAGGUUGAAAUAGUGAGACAGAGGAGGGAGGAAGCACAAGGGGGGCCUUCAUCAAUUGCGGACUCAGAGGUGACUGAUCAAGACAUGGAGGAAGUCCUGGAAGAGGCAGAAAGGAGCAUAGGAGACUUAGAUUUGGACCUACAUGAAGUUUUUCCCUCUUCCAUGAUCUCACCUUCCUCUCCUGCUGCCUCUUCUCUCGGAGCCUUCUGGGAGAAGUUGCUGGGAUGGUUGAAGUGGCUGCCCGCUAUGGUGAGAAGGGAGGCGUUGCUAGGCGCUCUGGUCGGGCUCUUUGUUGGUGGGCCCAUUGGAGGCGUGCUGGGUGCCACUGUGGGCUCUGUGGCUACCGAAGUGGCCAGGAGAAAAACACACAAAACAAAAUAAUAUAUAGGAUUAUAUAUAUAUAUUAUAUUUAUGGAGUAUAUGAUGCCAAAAUAAUGUAUUAUGCCUUACAUUGUACCUUAAAGUCCCUUCACUGUUUCAGCAUACACAAAUGUAUUACUAAGCUCAGCAGCUGACACAACCCGUUGCAGCAUGGAAACCAGCUUCUAAUGACACACUGUAUGAUGUCAUUGCUGUUUUUAACCGUGAUAAAAGCUGUUAAUAAAAGCAAUUACGAUUGGAUUA